AACUUUUACUGUGAUAUCUGAUCGAUCCAUUCCAUCAAAUCAAGAAUAGAUUAAAGAGAGAGAGAGAGAGAGAGAGUAGAAAAAUGGAUAUUCCGAUCCCGUCUCGACAGUUAUUCAUUAACGGUGACUGGAAAUCUCCCAUCCUUAACAAACGUAUUCCCGUCAUCAAUCCCUCCACUCAACAAACCAUCGGGGAUAUCCCAGCGGCUACUAAGGAAGAUGUAGACGCCGCUGUUGCCGCUGCUAAAACCGCCCUCUCCCGUAAUAAAGGCGCUGAUUGGGCUUCCGCUUCUGGCGCCGUUCGUGCUCGCUAUCUACGCGCUAUUGCUGCUAAGGUUACUGAGAAAAAAUCAGAACUGGCUAAACUUGAAGCUAUUGAUUCUGGUAAACCACUCGAUGAAGCGGCGUGGGAUAUGGACGAUGUUGCUGGUUGUUUUGAGUUUUAUGCUGAUCUUGCUGAAAAAUUGGAUGCAAAGCAAAAGGCUCCGGUGUCUCUUCCAAUGGAUACAUUCAGGAGUCAUGUUCUUAAGGAGCCUAUUGGUGUUGUUGGAUUAAUAACUCCAUGGAACUAUCCUAUGUUGAUGGCUACGUGGAAGGUUGCUCCUGCUCUUGCUGCUGGUUGUGCUGCGAUAUUGAAGCCAUCUGAAUUGGCAUCUUUAACCUGCUUGGAGUUGGGCGAAAUAUGCAAAGAAGUGGGCCUUCCUCCGGGUGUAUUAAAUAUUCUCACUGGAUUAGGCCCUGAAGCUGGUGCUCCUUUGGCAUCCCAUCCUGAUGUUGACAAGAUUGCUUUUACUGGAAGCUCUGCAACUGGGAGCAAAAUUAUGACAGCUGCAGCUCAGCUGGUCAAGCCUGUUUCACUGGAGCUUGGUGGAAAAAGCCCGUUAAUUGUUUUUGAGGACGUUGACCUUGAUAAGGCUGCGGAAUGGGCAAUCUUCGGUUGCUUCUGGACAAAUGGUCAGAUAUGCAGUGCAACUUCCCGUCUUAUUGUACAUGAAAGUAUAGCAACAGAAUUUUUGAAUAGGAUGGUGAAAUGGAUCAAAAACAUCAAAAUUUCAGAUCCCUUGGAAGAAGGUUGCAGGCUAGGACCUGUUGUUAGUGAAGGACAGUACGAAAAAAUAUUGAAGUUUGUCUCGAACGCUAAGAGUGAGGGUGCGACAAUUUUGACUGGUGGGUCUCGACCAGAGCAUCUAAAGAAAGGAUUCUUUGUUGAACCAACCAUCAUAACUGAUGUGACUACUUCCAUGCAAAUUUGGAAAGAAGAAGUAUUUGGACCUGUUCUGUGUGUAAAAACGUUUAGCACCGAGGAAGAAGCUAUUGAUCUAGCAAAUGACACUAUCUAUGGCUUAGGUGCUGCUGUAAUAUCAAAUGAUCUAGAAAGAUGUGAGCGUGUAACUAAGGCAUUUAAGGCCGGAAUAGUAUGGGUCAAUUGCUCUCAGCCAUGCUUCACUCAAGCGCCAUGGGGAGGCAUUAAACGUAGUGGUUUUGGCCGUGAACUAGGAGAAUGGGGAUUGGACAAUUACUUGAGUGUGAAGCAAGUGACUCAGUACAUCUCUGAUGAACCAUGGGGCUGGUACCAACCUCCUGCAAAACUGUGAUAUGUAUCUAAAAACUAACAUGAAUAAGGGUUGGGUAAUACCAAAUUAUGACUAUGAUCCUAAGGUGGGAAGGCAUAUAUUUAUAAUGUCUCUGUAAAACAAUGGAACUGGUUGCACUCAAGUUUAUGCCGGUAGUGUGUUUAUUUGAUUUGGUUUUAUGCUAGCCUAACCAUCAUGCUUCAAUUUUUGAACGCCAUUAUGACA